GAUAACUUCUAUCUUAGAUAGAAUUUAUUUAGCAUGAGUAGCUGCACACUUGCUUAGCAUAAGUAGCUAAAUUUGCUGAAGCCUUAGGCCGUGCUCCUAGUUCAUUAAGAAAAGGCCUCAGAGCUGGUGCAGGCUGGAGAGAUAAGGGAGUUACAAGCAGUCUGCAUUCCUGUGCCCCACUCUCCAGAAGGGAGGAUGCCAAGGCUGAGAAAUAAGGCCUGUUUGGGCGCCAAGACCUUGGGAAGUAAAAAGCUUCCUCUCACUGUUAAAACAGUGAUGAUUAAGGGGUCUGGAUUAUGUCUUCUUCCUCAGGGCCUUGGAAGAUAACACCUACUGACCCAGCUGGGGCAGUGUUAAUUAAUUGAUCAGAACCUUGAGAAGCAGGGGUGGGACCCAGGGAAAUGUGAAGAAAUCAUUAACCAAUCAGUGUAGAAGAGGAAGGAAGUCACAAAUAUGGCAAUAAGAGGAAGGAAGUCACAAAUAUGGCAAAUUUGAUUGUAUAAAUGCUACCUGAAAAGUUGGGGGGGUGUGCUCGAUUUGUGGGAGACCACCGAGCACCCAGGCUUGCGCAACUCUGAAAUAAAUAAAUAAAUGUCUCUCCUGAGUGUGUAAUUAUUGGCUCAUUGCACACCGGGCAACGAAUCCGCUUUUCGGACAACAAGAUGGGAGAGUCUUCGGGGAAUAUACAGGAAUGGAAUUUCAGUGUUAGAGGAGAAGAAAAUAGGGAAGAAAUGGAAGCUUUUCAGUGUCUUGAAUAUAAACUUAAGUAAGCUCUGAAAAUGGGAAGAAUUUUCCUGGAUCAUAUUGGUGGCACUCGCCUGUUCUCCUGUGCAAACUGUGACACGAUUCUGACCAAUCGUUCUGAGCUCAUCUCUACUCGUUUUACAGGGGCCACAGGAAGAGCCUUCCUUUUUAACAAGGUGGUAAAUCUGCAAUACAGUGAAGUUCAGGAUCGGGUCAUGCUCACUGGCCGCCACAUGGUUCGAGAUGUGAGCUGCAAGAACUGCAACAGCAAACUGGGUUGGAUCUAUGAAUUUGCCACUGAAGACAGCCAGCGCUACAAGGAAGGCCGUGUUAUCCUGGAAAGAGCUUUGGUCCGAGAGAGCGAAGGAUUUGAGGAGCAUGUUCCGUCCGACAAUUCCUGAAGGGGCUCAAGUCUCUUUUCAGGUUUUCUUCAUUUGAAACUCAAAAAUAAUAAAAAUCAACAAAAAAAUCUACUUACAUACACUGUCACCUUAGCAUCAGAGUCGGAUUCAUGGACUACAGAGUGGGAAAGAUUGUGAGAGAAUUUCAGAUGGAAUCUUCCUUUCUUUAUUCCUUUUAUAUUUUACUUUCCCUCCAGCAGCUGUUUGUAGAAAGAAUGUUGUGCAGAUGCUGUAACUUUCUCUCUUGCAUUUACAUCUAUUAGAUUUGAGAUUGUAUCUGCAGAUACAGUGGGCUAAAAGGAAAAUAUCGGGGAGAUUUCUUUUGUUAGAGAGAAAUCAAUGAGGUUUUUUUAGUUUGCACAAACUGAUGUCAGUAUAAAGUUAUUUUAAAACUACAGAUUUUUUUAAAAAGUAUCUUCCAAUUUUUGGCUUAAAUUUUUUCUUUGUUUUUUUUACCCAAUCUUUUCACCUGAUUUGCUAGCUUAAGUGAAGAGAUCCGAAUUUGUGCCGAGUGCUAAAGGUUCAGUGUUGGUACAGCUUGGGCUGGCCCUUGUGCCAUAUUCUUGUUGAGGUUGAUUGGUAGCACAGAGCCCAUCAUUUCUUGUUGUUCUUGACCCAAAGAUGUCACCAUUCCUCAUUUAUUUGUGAAGUCCCCUUCACCAUGUAAAGUGGUGUUGAUUGAAAACUUUUUUUGAAAUAGGGCAAAACUGCUUGGCUUUUUUUUUUUCUUUUAACUGAUGUAACUUAUAAGCAUAGUAAUAAUAUAAAAUAAUAGUUGUCUGUUUAGUCUUGCAUUGCUUACAAAUCAGAAGCUGUGUUUGUAAUGAUAGGGAUCCACUGAGAAACUACUGUUUCAGUAGUAAUUUUUUUUUCUUUUUUCAUCUCUACUAAUCUCAUUAAGUAGACAGGCAAUUGCAAAUCUUAAUUCUUCUUCAAGGAGCUUUCUUUAAACCCAGAACUUCCUAUGUUAAACACAGCUGCUGUGUAAAAGGAGAAGAUUGCCAGCAUGUUUGUUCAUGCAUUGAGUAUGCAAUCUGCAUCUCUUGAAAAGAUUAACUUAAACAGCUUGUUUUCAAAUGCUGCUUCUGGUGUUGAAACCCUUAUCUCUUUCAACCUUGUUGAACCUUUUCAUUGUGAUGUUACAUUUUUAUCUUUCUGGGCAGCAGCACAUGUAAGCCUAGUUGUAACUAGUGACUUGGAUUCCUGCUUUCUUUUUGUAGAGGUCAGCUCUGUUUAAAAUAGUGAUCUUGCUUGCCUUUUAGCAAAAAUGUUCUUCAUUAACUUAACUCAAGGGUGCCCAAACACUUUCAUUGUGUCUUAAGCCAUAAGUUAAGAUCUCAAGGGCUGCAAUUAAUUUGAAUGUUAGAUAUGUAUGAUUUUUCAUGAAAGAGAUGCAUUUUUUUUUCUCUUUAGACAAAUUGUGGUCGAUGUGAAAUAAGUUACCCAGAGACACAUAAGAGGAAAAAAUGAUCUGGGCUCUGACUUUUCAGAAUAACUUUUCUUCAUUAGCCACAGCUCCAUAGCUAAAAUGUGGAGGGUGACUAUGCAGAGUUUUUUUUCUUGAUUAUUUUUGGUUGCCUAGUGGCAAUUUGGACACCCCUGACUUGAAUCUACUGCCUAUUUUAUGUAAAAGUAGCUUUACUAUAGAACUGUCAUGUAGAAAGGAAACAAAGUAGAUCACAUACCAGAGCUGUGCUUGAAUCAAGCUGCUUAAACAAUAGUGUACUUGUGCCUCAAAUGAAUCAGUUCUUGCACUGGGUACAGUAGAACCCCAUUAUCUUGUACUUCUGUCUCUCACAAACCCCAGAAGUCCCAUUAGCAUGGUCCUCUGCAGUACUCUUCUUGUACUUCUGACAUUACAAUACAAUAAAGUACGUUUUGUCCUGAA